UUAAUUGUGAAACACAGCAGUUGCUUUAAAAAUGUGCCUUUUUCUCUGGCUGUGAAGCACCAGUUUAUGAUUGGUUACCACCUGUCAUCUCCAAAUAUUGAUAAACCAGUGCUAGAAGUGUCAGAUGCAUCCACUGUUCCAUUGGAGCUUUUGAAGGAAGAGUUAGCACAAGCUUUUAAACAGAGAAAUCCUUAUGCAUCUGAAAUAAACCUAGCAAAAAAUGUUUGGAGCAAGGGAAUACAAUACAGAACAGGUAUGAUCGUGGCACAUGGUUCUUUUGGUGGCUUGCCUGAAUUUGGAGAAAUCCAUCAAAUAUGCAUUUUGCAGCAGAGACUAUUUUUUGUGUUAAAACUGCUGUGUGGAUGGUAUUGUGAGCAUUAUGGAGCUUUUCAGCUGACUCCAUGUCCGGUGCGAGAACUUGCUGUUGUUGAAGUCUCUGAACUAGUUGAUGAGUAUCCACUGGCUGCCUAUGUAGUUGGAGGCGUGCGAAUGGUGACCUUAAAGAGAUCGAUCUGUGUCUUUAGAGCAUAAAGUGAAGUGGGACCAUGACAGCUCAGGCCAUUUUCAGAGUUAUCCUUGGACCAGACAGUAGUCAGAGGGUCAUGAUUUCUGCUGGUUUGCCUUCAACUGUUGCUGAACUGGAGACUGAAAUAAAGACUCAAUGUAAAAUAGUGGAACCCUUCCGGCUGCAAUUUAUGGACACGCUUUUUGGCAAUGAGUUUGUGAACUUAACUUCAAUGGAAGAAUUACAAGACAAAGCAACAAUCAAAGUUAUAUACACAUUCUACCAACCUCAUGAUCCAGGUGAAGACAGUUUAUCUAUUGCUUCAGGCAGCGCUCCUGAUGACACCUCAUACAGUUCUGGUGAUAGCACCAUCAUUCUUUCAUCUUCAGAGUCAACAUCAUCAUCACGGUCUUGUUGGCCAGAUUUGUUCUGCGUUCCCCGUUUCACGUACGAUGCUGAAAUUAAGCUAGAGAAGGCCCAUGUAGCUUUCAAAGAAAAUGGGAUGCUGUUGAUUCCUGAUCCAAAGUUAAAGUCUGACAUAUUAGAGGGCUUGAUCCAGGAGAUAGUUAAGCACACAGUUUAUCUUACAGACAGUAAGUUUGACCAAGUUGCAGAGGCACUCAUCCUGAGACACCCAUGUUUAAAAGAAAAAGGCUCACCCAGUGGCUAUGCAGGAUGGAAAAUGAGCCUCAAAUACAAGUUGUCAAACUAUCGCACACAUCUUCGAAAAGUAGGGUGUCCCGAAGUAUGUGUGAAUUCUUUAAAACAUAAACCAGCUGAGAAAUGCUCCCCUGCUUUUGAUGUUAAAAGACCAAAGAGGGGUGAAGUGGAUUACUGCCCCUCUUUUCCUCUUGGAGAAAGUGAACAGUCCCUUGAGGAGAUGAGGGUUGAACUCCUGUCAGAUGUGAAGAAGCGCAACAACAGAGAGACAAUUAAAAAGAAAAUGGAUGCAACAUUUGCAUUGAGGAGACAAGAAAUUGUCUAUGAUGAUCCCAUGAUCAGUGAUGUACAAGAGAGAUGGUCAGCUCUUUUUUAUGCAGCAGAGAUAAAUGCGGAAUUCAAGCGCAUCACAACAAUGCCUCUACAAUCAAGAUUUCUGUCGCAGCUUGACUUUCUUUCUGAAAGUCUGCUGAGAGUGUUUGCAAAGCGAUCGGGUGAGCCGGGCAAAAAGCUGAAAAACAUAGCUGCCACAAUGACGGAUGACACUGAUGUUCGAAGGGAGUCCCUCAUCAAAGGACUCUGCAUCUAUCUGAAUGAGAGUCCUGAUGUCUUGGUGCAGGAGUACAUGGACAUGGCUGAGGCUGCUACACUGAGUGCAAUUGAAAAAACUACAGUGGGCAUCUACGUCACCAGAGAGACGCCAGGCAGUGACUCUUCUGAUGUUGGCAUCAUCAUUGAAGGUGUUGUGGUUCUUCAGGACCUUGAUAACGUGGCCCUUGCAGUAGCCAUGUUGUUUGGACUUUUUUACUCCUUGAACAUGAGAUACCCAUCACAACUACGCUUCACUUUUGAGGUGAUUCAAAAGUUGGUAAUGGAGUUGAAUGCAACUCAGCUCUCAAGAAAAGCUCAAAACUUGAAAACAAAACUGCUCCUGUAAGAAAAACUCACUGUUGUGUACAUGAUGUGGUAAGCUCCAGGUGAGAGGACAUUUAAAUCUCACACUUGCUCUCCGUUUUGGAGGUUGAAUUUUCCGAUGAACAAUCAGCAAAUCCGAGUUCACUGAUUAAUGUGCCAUAAAAGUACAUUUUUUUUAGUUGUUUACAUUUGAAAAACACUACCUCCUUGCUGUAAAAUGCCUCAAACGUUUUAUAUUUGUUGGAACAAAACUGCUCCUGUUAGGAAAAUUUGCUCUUUUGUACGUGAUGUGGUCAGCUCUAGGUGAGAGUACUUCUAAGUCUCAAACUUGCUCUCCUAUGUUUUGGAGGUUGAAUUUUUAUUUGUUUUUCCAAGGUGAAUAACCAACUAAGCACAGCAAAUCAGAGUUCAUUGUUAGGAACUUAUAUUAAAGUAUGAAAGACAUUAAAAUCUCACAUUUACAGUACUCUCCUACUUUUUGGAGGUAAAAUUUUCAGGGUUAACAAUCAGCAACCCAAAACAAAAAACUGUUCAAUGAGUUCACUGUUCAGAUUUUAUAAAUAUAUAUAUAUAUAUUUGUUUAUCUUGUGUUUAGAUUUAAUGAUAAAGAACACUUGUUAUAAAACAGAGUUUUAUUACAUUGUCUUAUUCUGUUUCACAUGUGAUUUGAUCAGCUCCAGGUGAGAGUUGUAAGUCUUAAACUUGCUCUCCUAUGUUUUGGAGGUUCAAUCAGAGUUCAUUGUUAGGAACUUGUAUUAAAGUUUAUAACUCUGUAACUGCCAUGUUGAUGGGGCCAUUCCUCCCCCUGCCUCCUUUUUACCCUUUUUGUACAAGUUUUCUGAUAGGCAGCACUUUUAUAUUUCAGUUUAUAUUUUUCUUUAAAAAUGAGCUCUAAGAGCUGUAGAGUUUGGCAGUCUAGUCCCAUCAGGACCAUGUGAAAUGACAUGUUUGGUUAAAUUCAAUUGGAGUAAAGAGUUUUUAACUUAUGUCACAAUAUUGUUGCCAUUUUUGACCCUGUAUUUCUGUUUAUAAAUAAAGGUGUUGA